GGAUUACUCUUCUCUUCUCUUCUCUUCUCUCUGUACUAUACUCUUUUGGACUUUAAAUGGAAGGACUAUACCAUGAUAUUUCCAGGAUUGCCUACUACACAGAAUAUGACAGACACCUAGCGUCAGCAGGGAAAACCAUGGCGACGGCCUACAUGGACCCCAACCUGAACCAUGCCCUCCUGGAAGGAGCCAAAUCAAGGCUGAGUGCCGGGGGGUCGGACCGAACCAUGGCUGGCUCCGUGGACAGGGUUCUUAAAGUCUUCCAUCACUUUGAAACCAACACUGAACACAGCUGCUGGUCCUCCAACAUCAGAUAUGGGGAUGCAACAGAUGUCAGGGGAAUAAUCCAGAAGAUUUUGGACAUCCACAAAGUGCACUGGACUUCUUGUUUUGGUCUCCGUCUUACCAACAGCCAAUCCAGAGAACAAGUGCACUGGCUCCACCCUGAUAUGGGCGUUUCACACGUCAGAGAGAAUUACGGACAGGCACGACCAAACGAGGAGUGGAGGUAUGAGUUAAGGAUCCGCUAUCUUCCAAAGUGUUUCGUACAACAGUUUACAGAAGACAAACCCACGCUCAACUACUUCUACCACCAGGUGAAGAAUGACUACAUGAUGGAGAUCGGGGAUCAAGUAGAACAAGAUGUAGCUCUCAAACUGGGCUGUCUAGAAAUCAGGAGGUUCUUCAAAGAGAUGAGAGGAAACGCCCUGGACAAGAAAUCCAACUAUGAGUUACUGGAGAAGGAUGUGGGUUUGAGGCGUUUUUUCCCAAAAGACCUGCUGGAUUCAGUCAAGGCCAAGACACUUCGUAAAUUGAUCCAGCAGACGUUUAAGCAGGUAGCGAAUCUCAACGACGAGCAGUGCAUCCUCAAGUUCCUGGAGGUCCUUGCACCAAUCUACCGCUACGACAAGGAGUGCUUCAAAUGUGCCCUUGGGUCCAGCUGGGUGAUCCAGGUGGAGUUAGCUAUUGGACCAGAGGAGGGGAUCAGCUACCUCACUGACAAGGGAUCCACACCCACCCAUCUAGCUAACUUCACUCAAGUUCAGUCCAUCCAGUACUCUGCUAUGGAGGAGAAGGACAGGAAGGGGAUGCUACAGCUCAAUGUAGCCGGAGCUGCUGAGCCUCUCACAGUUACAACAGCAUCACUGAACAUGGCAGAGAACUUGGCUGACUUAAUUGACGGCUACUGUCGGCUCAUCACCAUGGAAACGAAUUCCUUCAUCGUCAGAGUGCAGAAAGAGGGAGAGAGAGCGCUGCCUUCCAUCCCAAAAGUUUCCAAUAAUGAGAAAAAGUUGGAAGCGGUCAGGAGUGGAGUAAGAACCAUCUCAGUUUCAGAAGAUCUUAGCGGGGAUGAGACUGAUGACUAUGCUGAAAUAGUGGAUGAAGAGGACACGUACACUAUGCCCUCAAUCAGCUAUGGAGUAGUUGAAGCCCGGGAUUAUGAGAUCCAGAGGGACAGGAUCGAGCUGGGCCGCUGCAUAGGAGAGGGCCAGUUUGGAGAUGUGCACCAAGGAGUUUAUAACAGCCCGGACAAACCAUCUCUACCUGUCGCCAUUAAGACGUGUAAGAACUGUACGUCAGACAGCGUCAGAGAGAAGUUCCUGCAAGAAGCAUUGACAAUGCGACAGUUUGACCACCCUAACAUUGUGAAACUGAUUGGCGUGAUCACAGAGAACCCCGUGUGGAUCAUCAUGGAGCUCUGUACACUUGGAGAACUGCGUUCGUUCCUCCAGGUGAGGAAGUACAGUUUGGAUUUGGCCUCUCUCAUUCUGUUUGCCUACCAGCUCAGCACAGCGCUGGCAUACCUUGAGAGUAAACGCUUUGUACACAGGGACAUAGCAGCUCGUAAUGUGCUGGUCUCAACAGUGGACUGUGUGAUGCUCGGGGAUUUUGGUCUGUCACGAUACAUGGAGGACAGCUCGUACUACAAAGCUUCUAAAGGAAAACUUCCCAUCAAAUGGAUGGCGCCUGAAUCCAUCAACUUCAGAAGAUUCACCUCUGCCAGUGAUGUGUGGAUGUUCGGAGUGUGUAUGUGGGAGAUCUUGAUGUACGGCAUCAAGCCUUUCCAGGGGGUGAAAAACAACGAUGUGAUAGGCAGGAUAGAGAACGGCGAGCGUUUGGCUAUGCCCCCUCAGUGUCCGCCCACCCUCUAUAGUUUGAUGACCAAAUGUUGGUCAUAUGACCCGAGCAAGCGGCCGCGAUUCACCGAGCUCAAAACACAACUCAACACCAUACUGGAGGAAGAGAAGCUUCAACAAGAGGAGAGACUUCGAAUGGAGAUGAGGAGACAAGUCACCGUGUCCUGGGACUCUGGAGGCUCUGAUGAAGCACCGCCCAAACCCAGUAGACCAGGAUACCCCAGUCCUCGCUCCAGUGAAGGCUUCUUCCCCAGCCCCCAACUCAAUCACUUCUCGUCGACAGUCCAUGGUGGUGUAGGAGGAGUAGGAGGCAGCUACCCUCCUUCUGAUUCCUGGAGCCAGCACAGACCUGAACACACAGCCCUGUGGAGCCCUAGCAUGGAGGAGAGCGGGUGUGUUGGCCAUGCCAUGAUGGAGGAAAGACUGAUCAUGCAGCAACAGCAGAUGGAGGACGACCAGCGGUGGCUGGAGCAGGAGGAGAGCUUCAUGAAGGCAGAGUCCAGAAACAGCAGAGGAAGCAUCGACAGAGAGGACGGCACACUACAAGCACCGGGAGGAAGCCAACACAUCUACCAGCCUGUAGGGAAACCAGAACAUGUGGUGCCUCCGAAGAAGCCUCCUCGCCCCGGUGCUCCUGGUCACCUUGGCAACCUGGCCAGCCUCUGUCCCAUUGACAGCUACAAUGAAGGGGUUAAGCCGUGGAGGCUGCAGCCUCAGGAGAUCAGCCCGCCACCCACUGCCAACCUGGAUCGUUCUAAUGACAAAGUCUACGAGAACGUGACGGUGGUCAAAGCUGUGAUUGAAAUGUCCAAUAGGAUUCAGCCUGCGGCCCCUGAGGAGUACGUCCCAAUGGUCAAGGAGGUUGGUCUGGCGCUGAGGACUCUGCUCGCAACAGUGGAUGAGACACUUCCUGUACUGCCUGCCAGCACACACAGAGAGAUUGAGAUGGCCCAGAAGUUGCUGAAUUCAGAUCUGGCCGAAUUAAUAUCCAAGAUGAAACUGGCUCAGCAGUAUGUCAUGACAAGUUUACAAAAGGACUACAAGAAACAGAUGCUAAUGGCAGCUCACGCCCUCGCAGUCGACGCCAAGAACUUACUGGACGUCAUUGACCAAUCACGGCUCAAGAUGAUCACCCAGCCCCGCCCACAUUAGUUACUGUGGCUUGGGACUCAGAGUGCAGUGCUUUUAUCAAGUAACAAGCAGAGAGGACGUUUGGUUGGAUUAUCAGAGAUGGACAGAUGAUGAAGUGAACUUAUGGAGAGCAAACGUGACUGAAACAAUCAGCUCUCUCUUCUCCCUCAAACACUCAUCGUUUCUUUUUUCUCUCUCUGCCAUCGGUCAUGUCAGUCAAUUGUGCAUUUGUUUGUUUUGUACUUUUGUUACAUUAUCUGCUUUUGUAUCCAGAGACACACUCCUCUCCUCAAUCAUGUAUCUUACAGAGAUGAGUUUUAAAAAAAAAAGCAUCCAUUUUUAUUUUUAAUUUUCAAGUGAAUCAAAGGUUUCAGAGGCUCGCAUGAAGGACUGCAGACACACAUUUUGCAGAUGGAUAUUUGCUACAUAAAACCUCUCCACAAACGCAGGAUGUUACAACUGGAACUGAAGAGCCAGGAUGAGGAGGAAAAUGAAGACGAUGCGAUCAUGUUGUUGUUUAAAAAAUGCUUUUAUAUCGUUAUGAAUUCUAAUUAUUUCUAUUUUCAGCCUUGACUUUACAGUAUAAGUCAGGUUUUCAACUUUCCUUUUUGAAUGGGCAAACAUAAUUGCUUUAAUGAUCCUUUUUCAUGUCAUAUUUCGUGUCUUUUUCAUCCUCUUUUCUAGAAGUCUCGAUCUCAGGCGACAAGAGUUGGCAAAAAGACAAAAAAAUACUAAGAAAGCCGAAUAUUGAAGAACAAACUAAAUGUCACAGGCCACUUUUUUAAGUUAACUUACAUAGUAAAUAUACAGAGAAGCUAUAUUUUUAACAUGUGUCAGAAGCAUGAUUGGUUAGUGAAUGGGGGGGAGGAGGCUGAGAAAUGGAGGGAGGGUUAUUCUUUUUUUGCAGUCAGUGGAGGUGCAGACUAUCCUGUAACAGUAGGUCAUCUUGUGCCUAGUUAACUGUGUCAUUGACUAAAAGAAAAAACUCUUCACUCAAAAUACUCUGGUUUUAAAUUACUCAAGAAGAACAGUUUUAGCUGCAGCUCACCUGUUAUUUUGCAUUACUCUGCAUUAUAAAAUAAAAAACAGUUUGGUCACUGUAUUUUUUGUUCUGUAUGUUGAAGUUUAAGUUGUUGCACCGAUCAUGUUUGGGGUGAUUUUCAACGUUAUGCAGAAUAGUUUGACAUGUUAGUUUUGACUGUUUCUCUCCAUAUUGCAGCUAGAUCCACAUAAAUCAGGGUUCCUAUUAAAGCUCCUUUCUUCAUCAGCCCUCCUUUCCCUGUCCUUCUACCUCCUUCCAGUGGAGUUAUUUAAACCUCUAUCCCCCCUCGUCUCCUGCUUUCUAUCCUCCUGUUACUAUCCCACCCUUUAUCUCCGUCUUCCUCUCCUCCCUCUCAGCUUAUCGCUCCAUCCCACUGCUCCCUCUCCCCCUGAGGUGAGUAGUAUUCUCAGGAAGGAGUCACAUGUACAGUUGCUGAACCAAGCAAAUAAAACACUGUUAUCAUAAAGAAA